AUGAGUGCUACGACGGCUGGUGGUGGAGGGCUAGAACUGGGCGCCGCCGUAGCGUCCCACCGGGGGGAAGUUGAUGAAGCCCCGUCUGGUUUCCAGCAGCUCGCCGGCGGUUCUGUGGGUCUACCGGAAGUCGACGAUGAUGGCAAGCCCAUGAGAACUGGGACGGUGUGGACGGCGAGCGCCCACAUAAUAACGGCGAUAAUAGGGUCCGGCGUUCUGUCACUGGCGUGGGGGAUCGCCCAAUUGGGAUGGAUCGCCGGACCGGCGACUCUGCUGCUGUUCUCCUCCAUCACAUACUACACCUCCCGACUUCUCUCCGACUGCUACCGCCACCACUCCACCGGCAAGAGAAACUACACUUACAUGGAAGCCGUGAACGCUUACUUGGGCCGGAGGAUGGAGUGGGCCUGCGGGAUAGUCCAGUGCGUCAUGCUGUGCGGCGCCACCAUUGGCUACGCCAUUACUGCAUCAAUCAGCAUGGUGGCGAUCCGGAAGUCGGACUGCUUGCACAAAAGAGGGCAUGCUGCGUCUUGCAAAUUCUCCACCAACCCUUACCUUGUAGGGAUGGGCGUUGCUGAGAUUGUAGUGUCCCAAAUCCCAAAUUUCCACAAGCUCGCCUGGCUCUCGGUUCUGGCCGCCAUCAUGUCUUUCCUCUACGCCUCCAUUGGGCUCGGACUUGCCAUCGCCCGCGUCGCCUCCGGAAAAGGAGAAACGAGUAGUAGUUUGACGGGAGUGGAGGCGAAUGGGAUGGAUAAGAUAUGGAGGAUGUGCACCGCAAUCGGCGACAUGGCUUUUGCUUGCUCUUACUCCGCCAUUCUCAUCGAAAUCCAAGAUACACUGAGAUCAACGCCAGCAGAGAACAAAGUGAUGAAGAAGGCAAGCGGCGUAGCAGUUUCUGUAUCGACAGUUUUCUACCUCUUGUGCGGUUGCUUUGGGUACGCUGCUUUCGGCAACCGCGCGCCGGGGAACAUGCUCUCUGCCUCUGGCUUUUACGAGCCCUUCUGGCUGAUUGAUCUCGCCAACGUUUGCAUUGUCAUUCACCUUGUUGGCGCUUUUCAGGUGACUGCACAACCCGUGUUCAUGAGGUUCGAAGCAUGGGCCAGCAACAAGUGGCCAGACUCAGAGUUCGUCACCAAAGAGUACCGCGUAAGACUACCCACAGCAAUAUUCGGCGGCAAGUCCGCUCCUGCUGGUUUCACCGUCAACCCUCUCAGGCUGGUGGGGAGGACGGCGUUGGUGACGGCGGCAACCGUGGUGGCGAUGGCGGUGCCGUUUUUCAACGACGUCCUCGCGUUGCUCGGCGCAGUCUCGUACUGGCCCCUCACCGUGUAUUUCCCGGUGGAGAUGCACAUUGCGCAGAGCAAGCUGAUUCGGCGGAGCAGUACCGGCGGUGGAAGGCGGCGGCGGCCGCCGGCUAAUUGGAUAGGGCUGCAGCUGCUCAACUUGGUUUGCUUGGUGGUGGCGAUUGCCGCGGCUUGUGGUGCUAUCCGUGGGCUGUCACACUCUCUUGUGGCGUACAAACCAUUUAUGUUCAAACAGUAA